AUGGAAAGCGAGAAUCCGAGGCCCACCAAAAAGCGCCAUCUGGCGGCGGAGGAGCGCCAGCGAGCAGUUCGCGCGCGUUGUCGCCAUUUGCGUCGUCAGUGCCAAUUCUCCAACGCGCCAGCGACGGUGGAGAAACGCGCGCCCGACAUUGCCACCUCGUUCAAAGAAGUGAUGGACCGUUUGCAGUGCAUGGAAUACAUCCUCAAGCACCAUUUUCCCAAUCUUGGCCUGGAUAUUGACUCCCUGCGCCGCAUGUGCGAUACUUUGACAUUGUCGACUACUCAGCCGGCGACUAGUACGUCGCUCGACCCACUUGGAGAUGAACAGCCUACCGAGAGCCCUGGAAUCGAGGACGAGGACUGUACUGUUGAAUACGUAGACAACACCACAGCUCAUUACUCCGGCGAGUUUUCACAUUGGAACUUCUCGAUGCAUAUCAAAAGGAACAUUGACGAGCUCAUGGCUAGAUCCAAUGUGCCGCGCUUGGAUAAAGAAAACCGGGUGCCAGCCUUCAUGCGUGUGGGCGAAGCAGACCCGGACUCAACCUCCAUGGCGGACAUCGUUACGAUCCUUCCGCCUCGUCCAGUAGCGACUUUCUUGAUCAAUGUAUUCUUCAAGCACGCAACAAGUAUAUACUACUAUGUGGAUCGAGCCUGGCUUGACAGUGUUCUUGACCGUAUAUACGCCAACUUGAACGGACUACGAAGCAAGGAUAUUACUGCAGCAUGCGUGGUGCUGAUGGUUCUUGCUGUUGGGACGCAAUACGUCCACUUGGACUCUCCUCGACAACACAGUAGAGGUAGUGUUGACGCUGUGAUGAACCCCGAUUCCGGAAGUAGCUGGGAGCUCGACAUUGGAUCCGCCUUCUACCGCCAAGUGGCCAAACUUCUGUCCGAAGUCAUCCAUUCAGGCUCACUGCUUAGUGUGCAAGUCUUUCUACUCCUUGGCCUCUAUAAUUUGCCCAUCGAUGCUUCUGGGUUGGGGUACAUAUAUCUAAACAUGGCCAUCAAACUGGCCAUACAAAAUGGCAUGCACCGAAAGGCCUCACGCAGUGUUUUUGACUCAAGCACCAAAGAGAUCAGACGCCGUAUCUGGUGGACAACGUACUGUAUGGAAAGGUACGAUGAUCUCACGGCUGACUUUAUUGGGGUAGAUCGCGGCUCCGAACGUCUAGAAGCCAUUAGAGAAAUGGCCUCUGUCGGCGACUCAGCGCGUUCGGAAGUUUCCCUCAUUGAAACACUCGAAGCGGCAUUGCACCGACUUCAUAUGUUCGAUUCAAGUCCCAAAGAACCGACAUACCAAGCUGGGGGCUUAGAGCAAGAUGGUUAUGAAGGUUUAGUCAACUGGUAUACGAGAUUACGAGACUCCGCAAUGAGUCGUGGUCGACACCCGACUUACAAUGGUGAGAGCGCAGAAGUAGCGAGGCCGCAGAACCCGGUACGUGUUACGCAACCACGGCCGAACAGAAAUGGCCAGGCAGCUACCGGUAUUCCACAUGACUUCUCCAUCGAGAACUUUCCCUUUGAUUUUGAUCUACUCAACUCGGACGGGAACGUGGCUUUCUUUACACCGGAUCUCAACGAGCAUGGUGGCCCAGAGCGGGAGCUAUUCGAGAACCUGAUGUGGAUGCCGAAGUAG